AAUUUACCCAAUUAAUUAGUUUGAGACACGAAAGCUGAAAUUUAGGGAGGUAAAACCCAUAAUGUAACAACUUUGAAUUAAUCCUGAUUUACCUUCUGCGAACAGUCUCGCCACGUGGCCUGUUUAGUUGUUUUGUUUUGUUUGUUUUCUUUGCAGGUGUGAUCACUCAGUAUGAACAGGACCAUGAAUAAAAGCUCUAACAGCUACGACUUCAAUUCAACCCAGGGAACACCAACUAUGAAUGGCGCCAUGCCCAUGUCUGAGCAGGUCACGUGGUGUGUAGCACUCGCAUUGGUGGCAAUAGCUAUCAUCGUUGGCAAUUGCCUGACCAUCGCAGUCUUCACUAAAAGGAAACUUCUACGCAUGCGUGCCAGCUACUUUCUUGUAACGUUAGCUAUUGCAGACCUCAUGGUUGGCACAUUUGCAGUUCCACUUUAUAUUCAUCAGUUAACAUCCUACUGGAAAACAAAUGUGAAAGGGACAUAUAUUGCGUAUAAGGCCAUUGACAUUUUCACAGCGUUUGCUUCAAUCUUUGCUCUGACAGUAAUCGCUCUGGAGCGACUGUAUGCAGUGAUGUGUCCUCUAAGACAUCGUCUUACCUCCAAAAAAACCUACCACCAGCUCAUAGCAGUCGUAUGGAUGUUGUCUUUGUUUGUAGCUGUGUUGUAUUUUAUGAACGGAUUCGAAGUGUUCAAGUUCAGAAUUUUCUUCUAUUUUAUUAUUUUCUUCAUAUUCUCAUCACUUUUGGUCAUUUGUGUGGCAUAUGUGCUUGUAUGGGCUAAUGUUUCCUAUCACAAGAGAGAGAAACCAAAGCGGGAGAGCAGAUAUAAGGAAGAACUUGACCAACUGAAGCGAAGUGCUCAAGAGAAACAACUCGUCACAACCCUUUUAAUUAUAACACUUGUUUUCGUUUUAACCUGGAUACCUUUCUACAUUCUUAACAUCGUUGUUUUCUUAAGUGAUACUUGGGAGUCAUCUCACAUUCCUUAUGAAGUCUUCGCUUUCACAAAGCUGUUGCAUUAUAGUAACAGCUUUGCCAAUCCAAUCGUAUACUCCAUAAGAAUACCAAAAUUCACUAGAACUCUUCUUGGAUCGCUGAAACGGAAAAGGACUGCGCUAUUUGAAUCCCUGCAAUUAAGGUGAUCAGUGAUUUGUCGUGUGACUCUAUGUAAAAAGAGUCUAAAAGGCUCCCCAAAGUCUUAGGAAAUUUGGGCCAUUUAAUACGUAAUGGAAGCUUUACUGAAUAGUAUAUGUAGGGGGGGGGGUAGACCUCUCUGCUAAAUGACAACCUUUCUGGUGGACAAGUUUAACUUUACAUUUAACUGAGGCAAAUCCAACAAACCUUAAUUAACCAAAUUCGGCAAUUUGAUUUACGAGGCCCGACUUACACCGGUCGAUCAAAGGAGUGCCACUGCAUAUUCGAACUAAACCAGUCAAGAGCAAAGACUGAUUUUCCUCCACAAUAACAACAAUUGCCAGGCUGAAGCAAUUGUUAUCUCAUUCAGUUUUCAACAUCGAAACAUGACAUCAUCA